AUGGCUUUGCAGCUCCAACCCACAGUGCUGGUCAGGCCCCCUGUCGGGGCACCGGUGGCCCAGGGCUCUCGCUCCGCGGCCUCCUCCUCGGUGUCUCGGCCCGGCCCCCCGCCCUCCGCGCCUCACCUGGGCGCUGUGGCCCUGGGCACUGCGCUCGGAGCCUUCGGGCAGUGCCGUGAGCGCACUGCCCGCCGGACGCGGGUGUGUAGAUAUGCCAAGAAGGGCAAGAAGGGCAAGCAGAAGCAGCAGGAAGCUGCUGAGCUUGAACUAGAGGACCUCAUCAUGCCCGUGGAGGGUAUGACAGUGGGCGAGCUCGCAGAGAAGAUCCGAAAGCCCGUUGCCGGGAUUAUCACCUACUUCUUUGCAGAGAAGGGCAAGCCUCUGACCAUCAACGAUUUCCUGGAAAAGGAGCUCAUAGCAGAGGUCUGCGACAAAUACGAGCUCGAGUACAUCUUCGAUGAUGAGAAGGCCACCACAGCCGGAGACCGUGGCUUCCUUGCAGAAGAGCACAAGGGCGAAACGGAGCCGCGACCACCGGUAGUGACUGUCAUGGGGCACGUGGAUCACGGGAAGACCACCCUUCUCGAUACCCUCCGAAAGCGCAGCGUCGCUGCCUCGGAGGCGGGCGGCAUCACCCAGCGGAUCGGAGCUUACACCGUGGAGUUGGACGGGCAGAAGAUCACCUUUAUCGACACGCCUGGCCAUGAGGCGUUCACGGCCAUGCGUGCGAGAGGGGCGCAGGUGACAGACAUCGCGGUGCUGGUGGUGGCAGCAGACGACGGGGUGAUGCCCCAGACUCGCGAGGCGAUCGCCCAUGCCAAGGCGGCCGAGGUGCCGAUCAUCGUAGCGAUCAACAAGAUCGAUAAGGAUGGCGCAGAUCCUCAGAUGACGAGGCAGAGCCUCUCGGAGGAAGGGUUGAUGGCCGACGACUGGGGAGGCGACAUCCCCAUGGUCGAGGUCAGCGCCAAGAAGAAUGUAAACCUCGAUGGUUUGCUCGAAAUUCUGAAUCUCACGGCGGAGAUGUCGGAGCUGAAAGCAGUGACGAAGGAAGAUGCGGCGGGCAUCGUCUUAGAGUCCACCUUCGAUGCGACGCGAGGCUGCCUGGCCACCCUCUUGGUGCAGCGCGGGACGCUGAAGAAGGGCGACUGGGCUGUAGCCGGCUCCAAGCUGUGUCGAGUGCGGCUGAUGCAGAACGACGCUGGAGGGGAGGUGCUGGAAGCAACACCUUCCACGGCGGUACAGGUCACCGGCUUUCAGGAGGCGCCUACGGCAGGAGACCAGUUUGAAGUCUAUGCGACUGCCCAGGAGGCGCGAGCUGUAGCUGAGAAACGUGAGCGGGAAAGCAACAAGGGCCCAAUUGGCUUUGCCGGUCUGGGCACGGACAGCGAGCAAACAAUGAAGCUGGCCUUGAUCCUGAAGACGGACGCACAGGGGAGCAUCGCUGCUGUAAAGCACAUGUUCUCUGAAGUCAAGGAUUCCAAGAAUGUGAACUUGAGAUGGGUGCUGGCAGCGCCUGGGCCCAUCACGGACUCAGAUGUCGAGCUCGCCUCCACCUGUCCGGCAGGCCAGAAGGUGAUGGUCCUGGGAUUCAACACCAACGUCUCGCCCACUGCGGAGAGAACUGCCAAGGAGCGAGGCGUGCGGAUUGAGAACUUCAAGGUGAUCUAUGAGCUCUUCGAUACAGUGGUCGCCGCUUUGGAGGGCGAUCUGGAACAGGAGGAGAAACUGGUAGAGAAGGGUUCCGGCAUGGUCAAGGCGAUUUUCGGCGGCCGUGAUGGCGCAGUGGCCGGAUCCGAGAUCAUCGAAGGGAUGUUCACAGUUGGAAACCGAAUCCAUGCAUUCCGCAACAACAAGAAGGUGGGCGAGGGCAUGCUGCGGUCGAUUCGCCGAUUUAAGGAGGAGGUGAAGGAGAUCGAUGAAGGAAAUGAGUGCGGCCUGUCCGUCGACGGCUUCGAUGAUUGGGAAGAGGGCGAUGAGAUCCGGUGCUUCGACGUCAAGAUGAUCUCCCCGAAGAUCGUCAACAAGAAGUGA